AUGCGUAGAUCAAGCUCUAGCUCUCACUCCUGGCAGUCUGCCUUGCAGAAGGUAUUCCGCAGACGCUCAUCCGAGUCGAAGGGUAAACAACCUUCUUUGGAUGACGAUUUCAAAAUCGGCGAACACAAGGACGGCUUCUACAAGUACUCUCAAGAGAUGCUCGAAGAGAAAAAGAGAAAAUUCGAGCCUCGCACGAUGCGUGCUUCGGACAGUGCCGAAGUUUACGACAUGCGUACUUCUAGCACUGUCAAAGUUACUUACAUGCGUGGUUCAGACAGUACCGAAGCUUCUUACGCUUCAGCUCGGAUGCCACCGAUCGAGCUUCCCACUCUUCCUUAUACCAUCGGCUCAAUUGAAUGGCGCUCUUUCGCUGCCCGUGAGCAGCUUCUCGACAAUCCUUAUGGCGGGGCGACUGCAGAGAAAUUUGGCAGUGUCAUCGGCGUCUUCUCCAAGGUUUACACCAUUGCCAAAAUCCUCGCUUGGGCACUCAGGAUGUAUGGCGUAGAGUUAGACGACGCUCCUGGCGGUAUUCUAGCUCGCCUCAAGGACGCAGAAGAGGUUGUGAAUACAUAUUCUCUUGUUGAACUCAUCGAGGUCACCGAGAAGCUUUAUUAUUCUCUGUAUGCGAGACUGGUUAUGGAGAUUGCCAACGUUGAGCUCUGUAGUCACUUCGACCUUAACCUGCGCCGCAUGCUCAUUAAGGAAACGUUCACCCUUCCUGAAACUAGUCAUCUCCGCGACAUAUUCAUAACAUUCAAGGACGUCCUGGACGCCCCAGAAAUUUGCAGCGGCCUUGAUUACGACCUUGUUAAACAGCACCAGGACUCGAUCAUUCGCCAUGCUACCGACAAGCUUGCCAUCACCGGCUUCUCUGCGCACGAUCUUAUCGGUUAUCGUACAUCCACCUUGAAGAUUGUCUCCGACGAUACCCAUCCGUUCGUUCUGAAGUGGAGAGGCCUCGUUUACCUGUAUCAGAUGCCGGGCGUUGAAACUAUCACCGUAAUGUCGGAGAAGUACCUGACUAUCAUGCCAAAGGUGACGGCUACCGAUGACUUUCCAACGACUGAACUUCCUUUUAUCGACCGCGAUUCAAUUCAGCCAGAAAUUUGGCAGCGCGAGAACGUCCUUGACAACCGUCAGGCGACCCUGGCGAAGCUCGAGGGCAGGAGCGUCGGAGACAUCAGACGCGACGACGGCAGACGCCGCCUUCUUGAUUUCGUCAAAGAGAAGAAGUGCAUAUGCCGUUCAUCUUGCAGUUGCGCGGCAGACUGCACAAUGGAUGUCGUGCUAGCCUGCCCUUGCUCCGAGCGCAUCCUGUGCAUCGUGCAGGCCAAGCGCCAUGAGGGUGCUGGCGAGCAGUACUUCGGCCCCAGAUGCGGAAGUCUGGCAAGAGCCUUCUUUGAAGGGCUGGCGAUGGUCAGUCGCGAAGUUGCCCACUAUGAGCUCGUCACGGAGCUGCACCGCGCCAUGCAGCUGUUCGAAGAAGUAGUGGGCAAGCAGCGCCAGUUCGCCGCCACGAGCACUCGACGCGCCUGA